ACUUACAGAGAACAUCUUGCCUUGGUAGUGAUUUACAUUGUUGCUAUUGGCGCUGAUAGUUACUCUGUAAGUCACUGCACAUUGCUCAGGCAGUGAGGGGUCAUUAGCGUUUUUUAGUUGGAGAUUUAUAGCAGUUUUAUAGCAGGAGAGCCAAUGCAGCUGUGUGUGUAAGGGUAUCAAGUCCAGGUCUUAUCUGUGUGGAGAAGCUGGAAGAGCAGGUGAAUGUGGCCUGCAGAGCAGACACGCUGCCUACAUGAUGAAGGGCCACUCCAUUCAGCUACUGGCUCUGCUGCUGGUGGUCCAACAAGCAGUUACUCAGGAGAGCAGAGCGUGUGUUGGGCCGAGAUGUGACUUUGUGUGUGACUGUACAGACUGCAGUGAUGAGCAGGAUUGUGGUUAUCGGGGGAGAGAUUUUGUGUGUGAUUUUGAGGAUGCUGGCAUGUGUGGCUGGACAGACAGGUCGUCAGAUGGAGGCUAUGUGUGGGAGAGGCGUCAAAGGGGACACCCUGUGCCCGACAGUGGACCCUCCUCAGACUACACCAUUGGCACCUCUACGGGCUGGUUCAUGGCAGUGACUGCAGUGAUGACAGGUCUUCCCAGCACCGCUAUCUUGAUGUCUCCCUUGAUUAGCCAGUCCGCUCCCACCUGUCGCCUCCGCCUCCGCUACUUUAUAUGGGACUCAGGUUACACAGGCCUAGGAAACAGCUCUCUCUGGGGGUCAGUGUGGCAGCCUGAUGAGCAGAAUGCACUGGUGUGGAGACCAGAGAACAUAAGUGUUCGUGCAUGGAGAGAGGACACCAUCUUCCUGGGUCGCAUCCCCGCCCCCUUCUAUAUACAGCUUCACUCUCAACGCCAAGAGGGGAGGAGAGGAGACAUAGCCAUUGAUCAGCUAGAGUUUCUGGACUGUGCUCUACCAGUCCCUUCAGGUAGUGGGGGGUGUGAGGAAGGCUAUUUGAAGUGUAAACGUGGAGGCUGUGUGAAGGAACGCGUAGUGUGCGAUGGUACAGAUGACUGUGGAGAUGGAACAGAUGAACAGAACUGCGGACAAUACAUGAGCUGUGAUUUUGAGGAUGACCUGUGUGGGUGGGACCUAAGAUCACUGUCAUCACUGAAGUGGAUAAGCACCUCUCAGAUAAACAUUUCAGUGUCCGAGCCUCUGAGAGGACCUGGAAGGGACCACUCCAACAAUUCUGCCUCAGGUCAUUUCCUCUAUGUUACCAAGCCAGAUGUGUGGAAGAAUGAUUGGGCAUCUUUUCAAAGCCCUCGUCUGGCACCGACCAAUAGCACACAUCCAUGUCGUAUGGUGAUGUACACACACCAGUUCGGUGGGGUGUCAGGGGGUCUGUCGGUGCUGGUGGCAGAGAGAGAAAUCUACCCAGUAUGGGAGCGAGGAGGCUCUCUGGGUGACCUGUGGGUAAAAGCGGAGGUUGAAUUUGUCGUCAACAGCACAUUUCAGAUAUUAUUUGUUGCUGCCAUUAGGGACCAAGCAUAUGGAGGCAUUGCUGUUGAUGACAUCACACUGUCCCCCGAAUGCCUCUUUACCAAUGAGUCAAUGCCAAGACCAUCCUUUCCCAACCCCCCCAAACAUCCCUGCACAGAGGCCAGCAAGAUCUGUGAUUUUCAGAGUGACUGCAAAGAUGGAGAGGACGAAGCACAAUGUGGUGACUUUUCCUUUGAGCAGGGGAGUGCAGGCUGGACAGAUGUGAGUAUUGGAAGCCAAAGCUGGAAGCUAAGUCAAGAAAACAGUGUAAACAACUUUACAGAGGUGUUCCUGUAUGUGACUGAUGCUCCUGGUCAACAGCUAACUGAAGCUCAGACCCGCACUCCACUUCUGGGACCCUCAGGACCGAGCUGCACCCUGCAGUUCUCCUACAGCCUCUCAGGAAGCAACCCACACACAGGUGAACUGUCUGUAGCUGUAGUGGACAGUGUGUUGGGCACUCUGCCUCGACUGUGGGAGUUCAGUGGGCAGACAGGGCAGGACACUGUAUCUUGGGUAAAAGAGGAGCUCUAUAUCGGAGCCAGAGAUCAUCGCUUUCAGCUGGAGUUCAGAGCUCAUGCUCAAGAGCUGAACUCGGGUGCCAGAAUAGCAGUGAAGGAUGUUCAUUAUGUCAACUGCCACCCACAGUAUAUCCCCUCUGCUUCUGAUGGACCAUCAUGUAACUUUGAGACUGACUUAUGUGGGUGGUACCAAGAUCAGACAGACAACUAUGACUGGAGUGUUAUGAAUGGAAGUGACCACACUAUUGGCAGUGGAAGAAGUCUGGUGGUGGAUAUGUGGAGCACAACACUGCGUGGCCUUUAUGGUCGUCUUCUUUCACACCGCCAGAGUUCUCUGACUGAACACUGUCUCCUCUUCUUCUACAAACUCUACGGCCCCCAGACCGGUGCUCUCAAUGUUAAGGUGCUACACUCAGAUGGCUCAGAGCAGCUGUUAUGGACUCGUGUGGGUGCCCACGGAAACCUCUGGCAGGAAGGUCACUGUCCAGUGCCCAGUCAACUUACUACCUACCAGUUGGUGUUUGAGGCAGUGCGCUCAGGUUUUGAUGGUCUGGUGGCUAUAGAUGAUGUGGCAUUUGUAGAAGGAUCGUGCUCUGUGCCCACUAUGUGCUCUUUUGAGGGCCACACGUGUGGCUACAGCAGCAGUGGAGCCUCAGCAUGGGUCCACCAGAACUGGGACUCCACCCGAACCGGCCCGAAGACUGACCACAGUCUCGAGACAGAGAUGGGCUACUACAUGCUCGCCCAUAGUAGUGUGGAGGUCCUGCCUCAAGACAAUGUGAUGACCCUGAGCUCUCCUGUACGUCACGGAGUGGCGCACAUCGAGUGUGUCCAUUUCUGGUACCACACCAGGGGAGAUAAUCCAGGCACUCUGACUGUGUAUAAAAAGCCUGUGAAGGGGGGCAAGACGAAGCUGUUCACCAGCAGCCUGAGUCAGGGUCAUAUGUGGCACAUUGGCAUGAGCGAUAUCAGCCAGAAUGGAGACUGGCAGUUGCAGUUUGAAGUGGAGGGAGCCGGAGGAAAAGGCACUUACAUCGCCAUUGAUGAUGUCGUCUUCUCGAGCCACAGUUGUCCCACUUCAGGUGGUGUCUGUGGUCUGGAGCAAGGUCUGUGUGGAUGGAGCAACACUCAGAGCCCCUAUGUAGACCAUUUAGACUGGGAGCUGAGCAGCCUGCUGUUUGAAACUCACUACCCUACGCCACCAUAUGACCACACACUAGGCAAUGAGAGAGGUCACUUUCUGUUCCUUCCAAACACUCUGCGGGAUACUGCUGGACAAAAUGCCUGGCUGCUGAGCCCUCAUUUGCCCCCCACCAAAGGCACUUGCCUGUUCUUUUGGGGUUAUCAGCCUGUUGCUGAUGACAGCAAGUUGGUGGUGUGGAGACUGUCUGAAGGGGCCACACAUGAGCUCCUGAGCCUGUCUCAUGCUGGAGGAAACUGGAGAUCCUUCCGCAUUAAUAUCACAUCAGAGAAAGAGUACCAGAUAGUGUUUGAGGGAUUUAAAGGAGCGAAAGGGGUUCUUGCUCUGGAUGACUUUGGCUAUACAGUUGGGGUCAACUGUAAAGGAGAGCAGAUAGACCACACCACAUCGCCAUCACGUGACUACACAGGAGAAACAGUUGCGAUUGUCAUAGUAACCAUUCUGCUGGUUGUGGCAGCGUGUGGUUUACUGGUAUACUACCUGAAAAAGAAGGCCAAGGCUCAGAAUUCCAGUAGUUCUGCAGACAAUACAGGCUUCACAAAUGAAAUGUAUGAUUCCAGCCUGGCGGAGGAUCAUGUGACCAUUCGUUCCAUCUCUGAGUAGGUACAGGAGGAGCUGCCCUAGAUUGUCCUGGUGAUGGUGCCACCUGCUCGAGGGCUCAUGAUCUUCAUAUAAAUCACAUAAUAUCACAGCUGGAGAACUGAUUACGUUUCUCUGUAGGGUCAUGCUAAUCAGGAACUCAUACACACACAGUCCCACACCUAGCAGGAGGGUUGUUAAGAUGUACAUUUUCAUAUUUAUUUUUUCCAAAUCUUAUGAGACAAUAUGUGCUGUGAUUUACAGUUAUAUUAUAUGCUAUAUAGACAUUUGUGAUACUAGAAAUACCAAUGUACAUCGGAAUGGUUUCCAGUGUUCAGUUAAAUACACAUCAGUUUUGUUGACUUUUUCGAUGCAGCACUAUAGUCUAGAGCGGGCUCUUCCUCAGGGGUUUGCAAACUCAUAGGGGUCUGUGGUAGCACUGUAAGGGGGUCGUGAGACUAUAAUGGAAAAGUCACUGUCAAAUAGCUUUAUUUUUUAGUCAAAAAUCAGAACCUAACAUUUCAUUGUACUUACCUCAUAAAUACAAAAACUGCCAGAAGUUAAAAUAUUAAUUAAAUAUAAUCUCAUUAAAUAAUGAUACAUUCAAUAAUUAUUAAAUGGAUCAUGUAAUUUGAUAAAUGCUAACACAUGACAGUUUAACAACAAUCAUUCUCUGUUGCUGUAACACCAUUUUAGAACUCUAAAUUUACUCAAAAUAGACAGGUUUAGAUAAGUUAGAUAGGUUUGUUGGUAAAAGAAACUACUGAAGUAAUGAAGUUAGACAUGGAUACAGCCACAAGUAUUUAAAAUUCAGAUUUACAUGUACAGUCAGUGACGAGACCAAACCUUUCUCUACAUGUACAAUAUAUUUGGAGCAAUUUUCUAAUCAAAAUAUGAAGCCAACUGUUUUAAAAUUAUAUUUGAAAACAUGACCACAAAGGUAGCCGGUACAAAAUCUCAAAAUAUACUUAAGGCAGAUAAGAUCAUUUAGGUUAAAGCAACAUUUAUUUUGGUUUGUUCACUCUUACUCACAUGUCACACUUCAUGUGUAUGUGAACUGUCUUCUUACUUGUCAUUUUCACCAGACACUGGGGUCUUGAUUUGAUGUGAACUAAAGACAAAAUAAACAUUUGCAUUUUUUUACAUAUCAAUGCCAGAUGUUUUUGUUGUGGUGCAAAAAACAAAAUAAAUUGUGUAUCAGGACUAUUUUACCCAUCAAGCAACUUUUGCAUUGAAGCCCCUGUAUUUACUCAAUAAUAAGACUUAGUAUAUAAUAAGCCUAGGAUUUUAAAGGGUUAAUUGUGUGCUUCUUAAAGGUAAUUCUGAAAUUUUUGUAUAAUUAUAUUGUUGAGUAUCAUUUUAAAUCAAAUACUAAGCUUAGCACUGGUGAACAUGUCCACUACUGAAGAGAACAGUUCAGUUCCAUCAUCCCUCAAAAAAGUCCAGCAAUGCUGAGAUUAAUAACUGGUUCAUCAGUUUGGUUUAUCAGUCUACUCAGGCUUUAGUGGGAACUUCAGUGCUUGUUUCUCUUUGGAGCUGGUCUUUACAUGUCAUAUGCUGAUUUUAAAAUGGUUAAUAAACAAGUGUUUGUAGCAUUUCUCUUAAAAGAUGGUACAUAUAUUUUAAAAUGUAGUGGGUAAGCAUUCUGAAAGUAUUCUACUAAAAUUUCAACGGUAAUUAUUCUGAAUUCUGCCUUUACAAAAUGUAACUUGGACUGUAUACAGAUAUGUAAUUUAUAUUUCUGGUACUUGUAUUCCAUACAUCCCAUCUCUGGUGACAAAUCUAUCCAGUAAUAGUUGCUGAAUAAUAAGCCUAAAGAUGAAUGACUUGAUAAUAACCCUAGGGAUCAAGGAGUUAACUAGUGUGCCAUACUAUCAUGCAUAAUAAUAGAUUUCCUGACUGCAAAACAUUUAUAUGCCUUCCGUCUUUUCCUCUCUGCACACUUAUAUAGUUCAAAUCACUGAUAAAGUGAAGUCUGUAGCGAGCUUCCUGUUACAGCCUGUGUUUCCCUGAAAUAAAAAUGGAUUUUGAAUGCAUCUCUAAGGCUGCUCGGAAUUCUGAGAAAGGCAUUUUUGUCAUGCUGCCAUGUAGUAAAUGAAAUGUUUCACAUGCAGUUCAAACAGAAGAUGCUCAAACACAGACUGCAUGACGACAUCCUGAUAUAGCAACGGUCUCCAUGGCAACGUCUCAUCGUUCCGUUUGCCUGGUAUCUCUCAGACAGUGCUGACUGCAAUGUGUUCACAAUGAACAGCAGCUGAUCUUUUGGGCAAGAUUAAUGAACUAAAACCACCAAAAUCAUGGGAGUCCAUCUUCACGCCGUUUAGAGUGAGCUUGCCUUUACCUUCACACGGGAAUGUUCAUCUGCAAGAGACGCAGACUGCACGCUUUGGAUGGGCAAAGCAGGCCUGGAGAGCUGAGUGUGAAUGAGAGACCCUCUGCCGCAGCAUGGACCCCGCAGUGCUCAUUUUCCUGCUCUACUUGAUGAUCGCGCACGAGCUCGUGUGCGGCCUCGUGCAGUAUCGGAGACAAGCGGCACGGCCACGCAAGCGCGCGCCUCCUCUGACUUGGUGCUCCAGUGCUCGCGUGUGCCAUGGCACAUGGAGGGUCAGCAGCAAGUCUGUGAGGGCAGAUGGACGAGACUGGAGGAAAAGUGGACGCAUUGUCAGAAAGGCAUGAGAAAGCCGGAGCACUGUGGAUGGACUUCAGUUAAGACUCUGGAUUCUCAGAGUGAGAAUAUGAUUAUACUAUGCUACGCACUGCCUUAUACUGUACCUUAAUGGACAAUGACUGCAACUGUGUUCUGUGUCAACAGGGUGAAGUUUACAUGCUGUUAUAAUUGCAUGCACAUUGUUAUAUGUGUUAUAUUAUGUCUGUCUGGACCAGUGUUUGUUGUAUGUGACCAGACAGCUGCUAUUUUUCUGUUUGGAAAAGAUGCCGUGGCCAAAUGGAUUUUUGUGCUGAAUUGCUUUGGGUUGUCAGUUCCUGGGUUUCCACAAAAGCAUCUGUUCCAUUUGAAAAGGAACAGUAACUGUGUUAUUGUGGAAGCUCACCAACUCCUGCGUUGCUCAUGAAAGCAUCGAAGUACAGAGUAUGUAAUAGUUAAUAAAGUGAAAUCUACUCUUACAGUGAUAUUCUGAGACUGAA